AUGCAACUCAAUUUCAUUUUGGCCGUCGCCUUUUCUAUUGCCGGCGUUCCGGCUGCUUCCACCUAUAGCGGAAACGAGCCGAGGCUUAGACAAAAUUCUGCCCCCAGGCCCGCACCGGUCCCUGCUCCAAAGCCCAAGAUUGGAGGUGGGAGUUCCGAGGCUCCGAAUACCGGGUUGAUAACUCAGGAUUGGCUGCGCACUCAAGCUGGUAACAACAGCCUUUUCACGCGAUGGAGGCCACGCUCCCAUUUUAUUGCACCUCACGGCUGGAUGAAUGAUCCAUGCGGCGCCGUCUACGACCCGGCCACCGACUUAUACCAUUUGAGUUAUCAAUUUCAUCCAAAUUACGUCAACUGGGGCAAUAUUUCCUGGGGCCAUGCUAUUUCUAAAAAUCUAGUCCAUUGGACCGAUGCGAAAGAUUGGAAAGAUGAUUCAUCUGUCUCUUUGGCUGCUGGACGUGUCCAUCAUUUGCCAACCAAUUGGAAGCUUCCUUAUACACCAGGCACCGAAAUCCAGGCGCUUUUCACCAGCAGUGACGGCGGCAGUACAUGGAAGGAAAUCGGACCUGUUAUUAACAGCCCGCCGACUGGCUGGAAUCCUCAUUAUUACGCCACCUUCGGGUCUGGUUUAAAAGGUCCUAAUGUUCCUGCGAAGCUCCAUGGAACUGCCCGCCCUGGGUUUCUCGGUCCGCGCAUGCCUCUUUACGCCGCACCAGCUUCGAACUUGACGGAUUGGUCCUUCCUCGGUGCCCUGUGGGAACCGACUGCCAACUCUAGCCUUGGUGCCCCAGAUGUUACUGGCUCCUACGGAUAUAACUUUGAAGCGAGCGGCCUUUUCAACAUUCCUAUCGGUGCCAAAACCAACGACGGUGCUUGGUUUACCGUUAUGGGUUCCGAAGGUGGGAAUACCCUUCGUCAUACCCGCGAGCAGUGGGCACUUUGGAACCGUGGCGCCGUUUCCAGCGGCACUAAUGGUGGCGUCCAAUUCAAGCCCACUUCAGGUGGUGCCGUCGACUGGGGUUUGGCAUAUGCACACUCAACCUGGGCAGACACUCGCAAAGGAAACAAUAGGAGGGUGAUGUGGGGGUGGGCAAACGAAGACCCCGAACUUGACAUGAGAUAUCACGUCCUUAAAGCUUUUGGUUACGCUGGGUCUAUGACACUACCGACAGAGCUUUUUGUUAAAGAGACGCAAGGGGUGCGCAAAAACCAUUACGUGGACGGGAACGAAUGGAUCGCGGGCAAGGGCGGCGCCUACACUGCUCAAACGUUGGGAAUUCGACCUUUGACAGAGGUUGUGGAAACGAUUAAGAAGGGGGCAACCCAACAAGCCCUAAACGUUGGCCUUGUGUCGACAAAAGGGGGUCCCCAAAAGGUUUCUAGCGACGUAGGCGAUUCGUUUAUUUUAACGGCGACAAUCUCAUCCAUCAAAGGCACUGGUGGAAUCAUCAUCGCUCAAAGCCCGGAUAACUCCGAAUAUACCAGUAUUGUCUUCGAUACGCAAGCCAAGACAAUCGGAGUUCGGCGUGACCAUAGCAGUUCGGUGUUCGUAAACGACCGCUUUGCACUAACCAGCCGCGUUUACCCGAUGCGCAAGGACAGUACGGGACUGAGUUUUUUUGCUGGGGAACCUAAUCCAACAAUGAAAAACGGGAUGUCCAAAGCCGUCAACCCAAGCGCAGUCGAAUGGAAGGAUGUGAAAGUUUGGAAGGGUUUGGACAAGGCCUGGCCAAAGAGGCCGGAAGACUCGAGCUCAAAGUUGCGUUGGGAUACUGCCGAGCAAACGGGAAAUUAUACCUGGUGGGCCGACAUGCGAUUUCAGUGCUUCAACUAA